CGUUUUAAGUGAGUCUGAACUGUCACUUGACGUCUAGUCUAUCUGUUGAGGUGCACACGGAUUGACCACUCCUUUUGGGCUUAUUUCGUGGAUAUUAAGGGGGAAAACUAAUCCACUUGCCUACCAUGACUGACGCGCAACAGGAGGCCCGCUCAUACCUGAGCGAGGAGAUGCUUGCUGAGUUCAAGGCUGCCUUCGACAUGUUCGACACUGAUGGUGGCGGUGAUAUCAGCACCAAGGAGUUGGGUCAAGUCAUGAGAAUGUUGGGUCAAAACCCAACCAGAGAGGAGUUGGAAGAAAUCAUCGAGGAGGUCGAUGAGGACGGCAGCGGUUCCAUUGACUUCGAGGAGUUCUUGGUCAUGAUGGUGAGGCUCCUAAAGGAGGACCAGGCCGGCAAGAGCGAGGAAGAGUUGGCAGAGUGCUUCCGUGUGUUUGACAACAACGGUGAUGGAUACAUCGACAGAGAUGAGUUCGCUGAGAUCAUCCGCAGCACUGGUGAGCCCGUUACAGAAGAGGAGAUUGAUGAGCUGCUGAAGGAUGGAGACAAGAACGCCGAUGGCAUGCUUGACUUUGACGAAUUCCUCAAGAUGAUGGAGAACGUGCAGUAAAACACUCACGGACAUUCCUCUUCCCCGUUACCCUCCUGCCAACCAACCAGUCCCCUCACACCCAUGCCCCUCACUGCCCUUAUGUCCUGGUCCAUUGCCUCCUCCCCCUUCAUCUUGACUCAGCUAGUCCUCAACAGACAGAUUGACACCCGGAUGGGGCUAUCCAACACUCUGGGGGCCACUUCUUUUUUUGUGACAGAAAUGUUCAUACGGUUGCGUCAGUGACCCGCAUGUUCAAAGACCCAAGGAGCCAGGUUGUGACAGCCCCACGGGAGAACGCUUAGUACAUCAAGAGCGCACACCAUCAAAAAUGUCCUCAACAUUGCUGGGCGUUUAGUCUAGACAUAGACUAAUUCGGCAGCUCGCUAUCGCUGCUUAGACCAAUGGCAAAGCAUCAAUCAUUUCAUCGUGACUAAUAAAUGCUUGACAGUACAAAAUAAAUAAAUAAAACAUGCUCAUGUUUAGUUGGUCUAAUGUUUGAUGGUCUGUAUGGUUUUGUUUUGAGGAAUAUCAAUAAACAUUAUAUUAUUUUUUUCUU